UUUUGUUUAUUUAUUUCUACGUAAGAAUGUGGCAUAUAAAAAAAUGUUUUCGGAUUCCGUCAGAAAUUAAGAAGUGAUUCCAUUAUUCCCGCUGUUGAGUGCAAAUUCACAGACUGUAGCUUUGAUAGCUCAGUCAUUCUUGACAUCCUUGCCUGUUCUACGCAAAUGUUUUCAUUCAAGGAUUACUCAAGGAUAAAUUUACGUAUGUGACCAGCGUCACCCAGUUGCUCUCUCGCGGGGGGUGUCUCUUCUUGGGUUUCCCUUGCUAGUCUCCUAACCGGCACAGGGACGGGAUCCGAAGUACUCUAGAACCCUGUCCCCAGGGGGCUCUGCAGUGACGAAUUGGUGCAGAAAGAGAAGGAGCGUUCUCUAUCGCUCUUUUUCUAGGAAGAACCAGAACCCAUACGGAGAAGAACUUCAAUAUUGGAUAUAUCUAUAGAGGGCAAUCAUGCGUUUCAGUUUCAGAUGGAAUAGCUGUUAAAUGUGUGCAGAAUUGACGUUAUAUAGUUUUAGAAAGUUCCAUUUAGUUCUCGUAACUCCUUAAUACCAGGUGGGCCAUGACCUGGUCUGUCCAUUUACUGUAAUACCAGAGUAAGUCCGUCAGUCCAUCUAGGAUACGACACGUUGAGACUCUUGCGAGGAGAGUGGACGCGCGUGAGGCGAGUGGGUCGGCGCACAUCGCAUGCGCUUAAUAGGAACGUUCACUUCUUAUCGGUUAUUUCGGUCGCAGAGCGUGGGCUUGUGUGCGCCCGUGUGCUGUGUUCCUUGUGCGUGAGUGAGUGAUGGUCGGUUAUACUGCGGUCGGUUAUCAGGGACGGACGAAUUAAUCAAUGUUCAAACUCCUUCAUUGAUUUAGUCAAAUGUACUUUUAUUCUUGUGAUAAGUCAUUUUUGACACGAGAAGCAUAAAAAUGGAUCUAUGGCGGAGCCGAACCCCAUACGAGGUGUCCGCGUCUAGGGGGCAUGUGGGGUAUGUAGUGAUUGACGGUUUGCAGAUGUUGGGAGCUGACCGCGGGCCCAAUCAUGUUGUUAUGGCCCUACCCAUCAAACGACUCCUCUUGCACCCAACAUUUGAUUUCCAAGGUCAGAACCCGAUCAGACUAGAGAGGGUUCCCGCGAUCAGCCGCCGCCUUUGCGAUACGGACUUCGCAGAAGUGGCGGCCCGGCUGCACGCUGUCUGCCAUCAAAAGAAGGAAACGCUGCGGCUGGCCAUCUGUGAGGCCAAAUCUCAGGGUAUAAAGACGCUCGACCAGGAUCCCUGAGGGCGCCCGUAGAAAGUUGUCCGCAAGAAAGUGUGGCCGUGGGCGCCUCCGAUUAUUAAGCGACUCCGGUCUCGGCAGUUGCGGGAACAUAGUUUCUGUACUGUUCUCGCGGGGAGGGGGGUACUUCCAGCCCCUUUCCACGGGUCCGCAAAGUACUUACAAAAUAUAUUAUCUAUAUAAUAAAACUUAUUAUAAAGCUGAAAA